GAAAAAAAUCUGUGAAUUAAUAAUGAGUGAUGUUCAAUCUGAAGUUUUUCUGCCUGUUCGCGUUAAUUAGCACCAGUACAAAAUACAGAACAAAGUGGAGUAACGCAUCAUCUCGGGAGAGAGGGAAUACGGAAGUCCGUUAAUCAAGGUAAUAGAUUGUAUUUCAUGUUUUGGAAUCAGCUGCUAUCACCUGGCAGCCUGGGUGUUGGUUGCCGUGCAGCGGCGGUGUAGGUGUGCAGGAGACGUGACGUGUACAUGUACAGUCGUACCUACAGCUGCUGACAGCGGGUCUCGCUCACCUGACACUCCGACACGGCGCACAGACUGCUCGUGUAUAGUUGCCGGAUCUCAGGGGAAAAAUCUCUCAUCUCGCUGCUUACUCUUCGUUUGAGUAACGGAGCCGCAGGAUCGAGGAAACAUGUUUGUGACUAAAGAUCAUCAUGGUUAUCUUUCACAGAUGCCUUAAACGCCGAGUGCUAAGCUUCAUUUUGCUACUUGCCUCUUUAGUAGCCAUUCUCUUUAGUUUUCGCUCGGUGGUCUUCAGUCCUCACCCAAGAGUGGUGGUAUCUGGGGAGGGGUAUGGCUCUACCUCAAGGCCAGAUAUAGAUACCCUGACACAGACUUUGACAGUUCGCUUGUCUGAAGCAGAAAUCGACAGAAAAAUAGUCCCAAACAUCUCCUGUGAUGAGGAAAAGGAUGUCCGUCGUCCUUGUGUCAACAGAAACUGCACGAAGAAGCUGCCCUCCUCGCCACAAGAGCGCUUGCUGCAGCUGCUGGAGAGGAAAUUCCAGCUGCCCGUUGUGACGUAUGGAAGUGUCAUACAUCGCAUUGCGGACAACAUCAGCCAGCAGGACUACAUCUUCGUCACAGCUGCAUCGUCAAACCAUUUCGAGGAAAGUCGCGCGCUCUUGAAGAACCUACGCGAGAGAGUUUUUUCUCAACUGCAAAAGUACCUUUUGGUCUUCAUUAAUCUGGGACUUAACAACCAAGAGAAGGAGGAGCUAGCAAAGCAGGAGGACGUACACUUGGCUGAUUUUCCAUUUCACGACCUGCCGCCUCACAUAUCCACAUUAUGGUGCUACUCGUGGAAACCUUUGAUUAUACAGGCGCUGCUGCCGAAGACCAAGCUGCUGAUAUACAUGGACAGCUCUGUGCGCUUUUUGGAGAACGCCACCGUGUCCUGGCUGUUCCAGCGGGCUGUGGAGCGUGGUCUGCAGUUCCUCAGGAACCCUCAGUCAGUAUUUCUGCACACUGUAGAUGCCACCUUCAACUACUACGGUGACCAGGCCUGUCAGUACCAGCCUUUCCCAGAAAUACUGGCAGGUUUCGGAGUUUACCACAACGAGGACUUCGUGCGAAGGGCUGUAGUGGCGCCCUGGGCUUCCUGCGCGCUGGUGCCCUGAGUGCAUGUGUCCUGUUGACCCCGGGAAAUACAUCAACUGCAACAACAAGAGACGCGUCAACAACGUGUGUCAUAGGUUUGACCUGUCUAGCUUAACAAUUCAGUUGGCCAAACUGUAUCAAGAUAAACUAGGGUAUAUCGUGUUUCCGCCGAGGGCGCUGAUUGGUGUUGACCGCGGAACGUGGAUCAACAAGUUCGACGAAGUGAUGAAACGGUAAAAUCAGCAACCGCUCGACAGCUCUCAUCGGUUAUUUUUCUCAUACGUGUAAUACAUUAUUAUUCAAUAUUAUAUAAUUCAAAACAUU